AUGUCCAGUGACCAAAUUCCCAAAUUGCCGGUUUCUGACCCACAGGCAAGGAAACACACGGCAAAGCUCCAUCAAGUAUUGGUCAACUUCUUUACUAAAGCUGCUCAAAUCAUUUUAGAUUCCCGAUCGUCAAGCUCGGAAUUGUCGUUGUAUUCAAAUUCUGACUUAUCGUCUGCUGCAACAACAUCACAGCCAUAUGCAGAUGGUCACGGGCACGGUCAAGGUCAUAAUCAAGGGCACGGGCACGGCUAUGCACAUCCACAUCCACAUGCCGAGGAUCCAGUUGUCAAAAUCAAUAAAUGGUUUAAUCUACAUAUGAUUUCGACUUCUGCAACGUCCAAAGAUGAUUUGAAACUAUGGAAAAACCCAGAGGUAAUUACCCUACCACCGAUGAUUAUUGAAACUUAUCUAGAUCUCAGGCAAUUGCCAUCAAAUCAAACUUUGGUUCUAUUCGAUGAACAAAAACAUCCGUGGACGGUUGUGAAACCAAAUGGCAAAAAGCAAGAAGUUGUAUUGGAAAGAUGGCUCAUUGAGUUUGAUCAAAGUUCGCAGUCGGAUAAAAUCAUCUUGGAUGAAUUGCCCUUGAUCUAUAAACAAGCAAUUAUAUUGUUUAGAACAAUUUACGGUUUUUCAAGAUUGAUGCCUGCUUAUAAAUUGAAAAAGAAGAACCCCUCGAAUAAGUUGUCCUUGGGCAACAAGAUUCUCGACGGCAAUCAACCCAUCAGCUCAAAGGGAAGAAUCGGAUUAUCCAAACCCAUUGUAAAUAACAACAUCAUCAAUGAAUCUGAAUCUCACAUGACUCAAAAGAAUUUCAAACCCAUCAACACAAGUCUUGGUAUGUUGAAAAUCUCAAUCGCGUAUAGAAACCACUACGAUUUCUGUUUACAUGAACACGAAGAAGUGCUUUCUGUUCAUUUUACCAAGCACGAUGAAGAUGCCAAAAAGAAACUAUCGUCGAUAUCUCCCUCGUCUUCCUUGGCUUCGUACAAGGAUCAAUCGUCACUGUUUAGUAAGGAUGUUUCGAAUUCACCAAAGACGAAAACUUCGAGACCAAAUUCAUUUAAAAUAGGUUCAAUUGGGAACUCGCCGCCAUCGGCUCAAGUUGCUGGUAAUACUACCAUCACAACUACUCCAACAGCUACAGGAACACCAACAACAACAACAACAGCUACAGCUACAGCUACAGCUACAAGCCAUGCCACUGUUCAGCCGCAAAAUAUGCAAGCAGUGCCGUUGGAGAGAAAAGUUUCCAUCACCAGUAGCAAGUCCAUUUCAAAUGCUUCACUAGCAGCAUUUUUGAGAAACCCCAGAAGCAGUACCCCGUCAGCAAGUAAUAUUCCCAUUUCGACGAGCAACAACAGCAACGCCAACAAUCCUUAUAGCACGUCGAUUCCCAGAUCAAUUGGAUCUUCCACUGGCCAAGAUGAAAUAUUUGUCAACCCAGAUAGUGCAAGCAAUACACCCCGAUUUUCCUCCUCGUUUGGAUCAAGAGCAAGUCGAAGAUUCAGUAAUACAAGUAUCAGACAGCAAACCCCUCAAUCGGACUAUUUCACUCAGGGCAAUAACAGUGUUGAUGCGGCAUUGAGCGGGCUAUAUGGAGACGACGAUAUAAGCGAUUUCGUGAGGAUGAUUGAUAGCACCUCGGAUUUGAAACUAUCAGGCGGGCAUAGUAGCUCCCAUGACUCGGACAGUCGAAUCAGGGCCAUACGAGAAGUGGAGGGAACCGAAAGCAAGAAUGAAUUGAAAAAGUAUCAACUGAUGAAAAAUAAACAUCAGCAAUUGAGUGAUAGUGUCAAUGCCAGUAUCAUUUUACAAUCAAGACAGAGCAGCCGCAAGAGCUCGUUGAAUUCACCGCCUGGUUCUUUUGAUCAAAACCAAGUGAUUGUCUCUUCAAGAAUGAGGGAGAGUUCAUCCAGGUCCAAUAGCGUCGAGCCUAAUCGGCCACUCAUUGUGUCGAGAUUCAACUCGAGCAAUGUUGCAUUGCCAUCAACGUCGACGUCGACGUCGACAUCCGUACCAGCUCCGGCGCCAGCACAAGCUCAAGCUCAAACACAUAAACCACAAACUCAAGCACAAGCACAAGCAAAUGCACACGCACACGCACACGCGCAUGCCGAUGCUCCACAUUUGAACAAGAUGUCGUCGGUACAUUCUACUGCUACUUCUGCUAGUGUCAAUAGAGACGGAGGAAGCAGAGUGAUGCCAAACAUGAAGAGCGGUGCAACAACCGUUGUAUCGGGACUAGCUACGAGCCCGUCGAUUUAUGAUUACCGAUCAGUUUCAUUGCGAAGCGGCGACAACUCCAAUGAUGACGAGCUAGGUUCGGCUCAUGACAAGUCCCGAAAAUCGUUGCGGAAAGAAGACGAAGACGAAGAUGAUUUACUCUUUACAAUGAGUGAUAUGAAUCCCAAAUGA